AUGAAGUGCCACCCCGUGAGCAGAGCUUUCGACUCAAACAUGGAAAUCAUAAUUUUUCAUGAGCUCGUUGAUAGGUUUUCACACCGGCCGCGGUUUCCCGCCGCCCCGUGGCCUAAUUACCGCCGCCUCGUGAUACGUCACCGUGGCUAUUCAAAAAAAUGCACCCGUCUCUCUCCCACCGGGUCGUGUGGUGGGACAACGUCUCGUUUCCGCGAGCAUUUUUAUAAAAACGCAGAGAUCAACCGCGGUCGUCCCGUUCGUUCCCGCUGCGGCUCCGCGCCGCCCGCACCCUUCGUCUCCUUCCCGCUUUUUACGAGACGUAGGGGCCGCCACCCGGGUGGGGGCGGCGACCGCGCGAACGCAAAAUAU